AAAUAAACUGCCGUAAAAACAAAUCUGCAAUAUUGGAAACUGCAGUUAAGUGUUCAAGGACUUCUUUCCAGUAACUAAUGUUUUUGAAUUGUUUCAUUCUGAAAUGGUUAAACUGACUCAGUAAUAAGGUAGUAUGUGUCAGUUGAUAAAUCGUUUCCUUCUCUUUGGGGCAGUGUACUUCUGGAUAGAAAAGUAAGAAAAGGGAGUAUCCAUAAUUUAUUUAUCCUUCUGCAAUCUGUCACGAAUCAAGGCACUAUAUAAACUCAAAUCCAACUGAGAGACAAACAAAAUACUUCAAGUUCUCUUUUUUGUAACACAACUUUGAGUACCUCAACUAGUGCUAGUUAGCAUUAGCUAAGGAACCAAACAUUGCAACUACAGUUCUGUUCUGUACUGUACUGAAUUAGAAUUAGGUUUACCUAGCAAAUGCACUAUUUAUAUGAUGAUAUAUUUACUGUAUCGUAUCAUGGCAACAGUCUUUAUAUUUACUGUAAAAUUGCAGCCUAUUUUGGGACCCCUUGAAAAGAAAACUAAAACUUCAAAAAAGGAGAAAAGAUAAGCAAUUUUUACAGAAUUUUAUACACUUGAAUAUGUAACAUGACCUCAUCGCACCAGUGUGAAAUCAAUGCUAAACAAGACCUAUUCAAAUGAGGCCUGUGUGAAUCAUUUUGAUAGAAAAAGUCCAUUUUGAGAAGAGAGAACAUGGUUUUGAAUGCAUGAAUGCAUUUUGCAAGAGAUUUGUGUAGUUUUGGAAAAAAGUUAACUGUUGCUGUGCUUUGUGUGUAGAGUUUUGAGAAAUUGAGCUAUAGUUUCAGGAAAUGCGAUUAAACAAUUGAGAAAAACUGUAAAUCAGAUUUUGGCAGAUAAGCAAGAGGACGAAGAUAGCAUCACGCUGGGUGGUUAUAGGUGUGAGAGAUGUUUAGUGCAAAUGUCAAGAAUUUUUUUGCAUAGAGUGCAAAAUACCGGUGGCAGUGUGGUAUAACGUGUCAUUUCUGGGGAAAUUUCCUUCCAACCCCUACUCAUUUCCUGCUGGGGCAUGGCCAUUGUACCCCGGAGCAAGGGACUUAACCUAAAUUGCGGCAGUGAAAAAUAUCCAACUAUAUGGAUUUUAUGUAAAAACAAUGCUGUCCAUGUCCAUUUCCUUGUGUAAUGUAAAUAACCUAGUAUAUUUAAUGGGGAAUGGUAAGUUUGAACAGUGUUCUAAAAAGAAAACCACAGCACAAAUGCCCGCGUCACAAAUGCCCGCCGUUGCACAAACACAGCUCUUCCUCUUUUAACAUGACAGGGGGACGUGGGAGGGCAUCGCCGGCCGUGCUCCAUCCCUUGAUGCCCAUCGCCCGCCUCUACGUCUACGCCCUGCACGGCUGCCUUUGUGAGGUAGCCUUCACCGCUGCCUGCAACUGGUACGAGCUCCGCGACAGGAAGCUGGUCGGCCACACCAGCCUCUGGGCGCUCCCCAUUUACAGCUCCGCCAUCUUCCUCAUCGAGCGCCUGCACCUGUGCCUGCACCCACGCUGCCCCCUGGUGGUCCGGCUGACUGUCUACACCCUGCUCACCUACCUGUGGGAGUUCAGCACCGGGUUCAUUCUGAGGCUGCUGGGGGCCUGCCCCUGGGACUACUCGUCCUUCCGCUGGAACGUGAUGGGCCUGGUGACGCUGGAGUACGCCCUGCCCUGGGCCCUGGCCUGCCUCAUCGCAGAGCGCCACAUCAUCAGAAACACCCUCAGGAUGCGUCUGGAGAGCCCGCACCACACCUGACUGACAGCUUCCCCAUGUCCACAGGGGACAGUGGGUAUCCUACAGUGGGUUCCCCAACUUUCUGAGCUCCCUGUGCCUGUUAAUGAGUGACUCACCCGUUCUAAAAGGGGAAAAAAAGGGUUUUUUUUUUUUGUUGUUGCAUAAACUGAACUUUUGAUUGAUAAUACUUUGUAAGUCUUGUCUUAAAAAAACAAUCUUUUCAACUUGCUAUGAAUGUAGGCACCUUGCCUUAAGGCAGGAAGGCUUCCUAUUGAAUUCCUCACAGCUACCACCGCAAUGUUUUUUCAUGAUUACAUGAAAUAGGGUCUGUGUCACUCUCUCUUCAAUAUUGCGAAACGAACAGCAGACUUUCCACUUCAGUAUUCAUUGUGCAUCUGGGCUUAAAUUCAAGUGGAAAAAAUUUACACAGAAUUUUGUGUUGGAGCUCAGGGAAGUUGUGCAAUAUGUUCAUUAUAUUUUCAGUUCUGUAUGAAGUGCAAUGUAUGCUGCUCAACCUAACACUGAGCUCAAGGAAAUGGGGAAGCAUUUAUACUUACUAAUAAUUAACAUGCAUCACUGUUAAAUCAACAGCACACAUUGAGGAAAACUGCAUGUUCCAAGACUGACAUAAACUAUGCAAAUGUGUGCAAAUCAUUUCUUUGGUUUCUAUUAAAACAGAGGCAGAUACA